UGCGCGGGCGUCUCAGGCUCUGGGGCCCUACCGCCGCGGCUCUUUUGUUUCCCGGCCGGAGCCGGAGUCAGAGCCCCGGUCGGAACCGGGUCGUAGACUGAGUCAGAACCGGGUCGGAUAGGAGUGGGGUCAGGAUCAGCGGCCGGGCAGGGAGCGGGCCUGGCCUGCCAGAUGGCGCGCGCCCCCAGCCCGCAGCCCCCGGCCCGCGCCACCGCCUGAGCCCGGCCCGCCGCCCGCCCGGCCCGCCCGGCCCGCGCCAUGGAGCCGGGCCGCGGCGGCCUGGAGACCGUGGGCAAGUUCGAGUUCUCGCGCAAGGACCUGAUCGGGCACGGCGCCUUCGCAGUGGUCUUCAAGGGGCGCCACCGGGAGAAGCACGACCUGGAGGUCGCGGUCAAGUGCAUUAACAAGAAGAACCUCGCCAAGUCCCAGACGCUGCUGGGGAAGGAAAUUAAGAUCCUCAAGGAAUUGAAACAUGAAAACAUCGUGGCUUUGUACGACUUCCAGGAAAUGGCCAAUUCUGUCUACCUGGUGAUGGAGUACUGUAACGGCGGGGACCUGGCUGAUUAUCUGCACACCAUGCGGACACUGAGCGAGGACACCAUCAGGCUCUUCCUGCAGCAGAUCGCGGGUGCCAUGCGGCUCCUGCACAGCAAGGGCAUCAUCCACCGGGACCUGAAGCCCCAGAACAUCUUGCUGUCCAACCCCGGCGGGCGCCGCGCCAACCCCAACCACAUCCGGGUCAAGAUCGCUGACUUCGGCUUUGCCCGGUACCUGCAGAGCAACAUGAUGGCGGCCACACUCUGCGGCUCCCCCAUGUACAUGGCCCCUGAAGUCAUCAUGUCGCAGCACUACGAUGGGAAGGCGGAUCUCUGGAGCAUAGGCACCAUCGUGUACCAGUGCCUGACGGGGAAGGCGCCCUUCCAGGCCAGCAGCCCCCAGGACCUCCGCCUCUUCUACGAGAAGAACAAGACGCUAGUGCCCAUCAUCCCACGGGAGACCUCGGCCCCCCUGAGGCAGCUGCUCCUGGCCCUGCUGCAGAGGAACCACAGGGACCGCAUGGACUUUGAUGAAUUUUUCCAUCACCCUUUCCUUGAUGCCAGCGCCUCCGUGAAGAAGUCCCCGCCUGUGCCUGUACCCUCGUACCCCAGCUCGGGCUCCGGCAGCAGCUCCAGCAGCAGCUCCACCUCGCAUCUGGCCUCCCCACCGGUGAGUGCCCCCCGGGGCUGGGCGUCCUCUGCCAUCCGCAGGUCAGGCAGCACCAGCCCCCUGGGCUUUGCACGAGCCAGUCCGUCACCCCCAUCCCAUGCUGAGCAUGGAGCUACCCUGGCUAGGAAGCUCUCCCUAGGCGGGGGCCGGCCCUACACACCAUCUCCACAAGUUGGAACUAUCCCCGAGCGGCUGGGCUGGAGUGGUGUGCCCUCCCCUCAAGGAGCCGAGAUGCGGGGUGGCAGGUCCCCUCGUCCAGGCUCCUCCAUGCCUGAGCACUCUCCCCUCACCACUGGGCUGGGUGGCCGCCUGCACAGCGCCCCCAACCUGUCUGACCUGCACGUCGUCCGCCCCAAGCUGCCCAAGCCCCCGACUGACCCACUAGGGGCUGCGUUUGGCCACCCGCAGGCCAGUCCCCCCCAGCCAUCCCAUGGGCUGCAGUCCUGCCGGCCCCUGCGUGGCUCACCUAAGCUGCCUGACUUUCUGCAGCGGAACCCCCUGCCCCCAAUCCUGGGCUCCCCCACCAAGGCCAUGCCUGCGUUUGACUUCCCCAAGACCCCCAGCUCCCAGAAUUUGCUGACCCUCCUGGCCCGGCAGGGCGUGGUCAUGACGCCACCUCGGAAUCGGACGUUGCCCGACCUCUCUGAGGCGGGUCCCUUUCAAGGGCAGCAGCUGAGCCCUGGGCUGCGGCCCACGGAGGACACCAAGGGCCCCUUUGGCAGGUGGGCCAGCAGCCCUUCGCCCGUGGUGUUCACUGUGGGCUCGCCCCCGAGUGGGGCCACGCCGCCCCAGGGUCCCCGCACCAGGAUGUUUUCAGUGGGCUCCUCCAGCUCCCUCAGCUCGGCUGGCUCUGCCUCCGCCCGCCACCUGGUGCCCGGGGCCUGCAGCGAGGCUGCCCCCGAGGCCCUCGCCCCUGGCCACUGCUGCAGCUUUGCUGACCCCGUCGCCGCCAACCUGGAGGGGGCCGUGACCUUCGAGGCCCCUGACCUCCCCGAGGAGACCCUGAUGGAGCAAGAGCACACAGAGAUCUUGCACAGCCUGCGUUUCACGCUCGUCUUUGUCCAGCACGUCCUGGAGAUUGCCGCCCUGAAGGGCAGUGCCAGCGAGACGGCUGGGGGCCCUGAGUACCAGCUACAGGAGAGCGUGGUGGCCGACCAGAUCAGCCUGCUGAGCCGCGAGUGGGGCUUCGCAGAGCAGCUGGUGCUUUACCUGAAGGUGGCCGAGCUGCUGUCCUCUGGCCUGCAGACUGCCAUCGACCAGAUUCGGGCUGGCAAGCUCUGCCUGUCAUCCACCGUGAAGCAGGUGGUCCGUAAGCUGAACGAGCUAUACAAGGCCAGCGUGAUGUCCUGCCAAGGCCUGAGCCUGCGGCUGCAGCGGUUCUUCCUGGAUAAGCAGCGGCUCCUGGACCGCAUCCAGAGCGUCACCGCUGAGAAGCUCAUCUUCAGCCACGCUGUGCACACGGUGCAGUCGGCUGCCCUGGACGAGAUGUUCCACCGCCGAGAGGACUGUGUCCAGCGCUACCACAAGGCCUUGCUGCUCAUGGAGGGGCUGCAGCAGCUCCUCACGGACCAGGCAGACGUGGAGAACAUCGCCAAGUGCAAGCUGUGCAUUGAGCGGAGACUCUCGGCCCUGCUGACCGGCAUCUGUGCCUGACCUCCCAGGAGCCCAGCCCACCAUGCCCAGGGGCUGGACCUUCUCUGCUGAUCCCAUGGCUGGGGCUGCGUGCUGGCCAGCUGGAAGGGACAAGCCUGCGGCCUGGGAAAGGACCGCAUCCACACCCUGUGUCCACAGCCAGGUCUCCAGCCACAUCUCCGUUUCCGGGCUCUGGCUGGCACUGGGCUUCAGGGCCCUGGAGGGCCCUCACAGAACCUCAACCCAGGCCAGUCCCCCGGCUGCCUCAAUGGCAGGUGGGGACAUAUGGGUGUUCCCCCACCCCUGCCAGACCAGCGUAGCCCUGCUGAGGACAAGCAGGGACCCACUCAAGCCAAAGCCGCCAGACCUGCCCAGGGGCCCCGCCCAGAAAAAGGUGCGGGCUCAUGGCCCCCUCUCCUUCCCUGAGACCACCACCCAGCUUUGUGAAUCACCAAGCACUUUAUGCAGGCGGACUGGCGCCGGGACUGCCCGCUCAGCCCCGGCCGUUGCACACAUCCAUAUACAUAUAUACAUAUAUACAUAGCAGUGAGCCUGAGGCUGAGCCUGCUGCCCCGGCCCUCCCCCGGGAGGCACAGCCGUCUUAUUUAAAUGUCCUUUUAGGGACACACAGUAUGAAGCACCGAGCUUUCUAAAUCCAGAACAGACAUGGCAGUCUUUCACACUUUACUCCUAAGAUGUGUCUUACUUUCUGCAGCUGUUUUUUCUUUUUUAAGAAGAAAACUCGUAGGUGUUUUAAGACGUUUGUAUGGCAAGAGUGGGGGAGGAGCAGGCCUGGCCUUUGCCUCAGCAAGGAUGCUGAGACAGAAGGCAGGUGACACCGGGUGCAUGUGCUCUGCCUGUGGCUGGCUGGCCUGCUGUCCCGCCCUGUUAGGGCAGCCAGACCCCUGAAGAUGGUGGGCAGGUGAGGGAGAGUGUUUUGUACAGAAACCUCCCCUCCAGCUUUCACAGUAGGUUUUUAUGUCAAAUUCUGCACCCCCCCCCGCCCCUCCCACACCCCAGGUCCUGGCUGCCAGCAGGGAGUCAGAGGGAGGCCCACCAUCAGGGUUCCAGGGGGCCUUUCCUCUCUGCCUAGCUCUGCUCAGCCCCCUCGAAUGUACCCCCAAGAGUGCAGAGGAAGCCCAGGUGAGUCCAGGCACCCAGCCAGGGAGGUAAGGUCUACCCCACAGACCGAGACAGAUGCACAUGUUUCUCUGCAAUACUUGAAAUACUGCCUUGUGCUUGGACUUAGACGGAGAAGCCCUGUGACUCUUUCCUCGUCACCUGGUGACUUUAUUUGUUCCUUGCUGCAUGGAACGAGUUCCUAUUUAUUGCUUUAUGGUCGGCUGGCUCCAUGGUAGGGGCCUUGAGCAGCUGCCCAGUCCCUCAUUUAGUGGCAGCCGAGUGUGCCCACUGUGCCCAGGAUGAGCUUGGGGCCCCGGCCCCCGGGAUGUGCCACCAGCCGAUCCUGCUCCACAAGGCAGCACUCGACCCCUCAUCGACUUUAAAAGCAAUUUUGUGUGACCCUCCCAGUUGUGUUAAAUUGUGUAAUAUCAGUUUAAGGAAAUAAACCUCUGGAAUUGUU